CACAAGAUGGCGGCCCCGGUACGCUGGGCUAGGCGCCUGCAGCUUGGCCUUGGGCUCUUCUAGCCCGGGGCUGAGGCCCAGAGGCAGGCUUCGUCCAGGCGACAGGAGGCCGGGGCGGUGCCGCCGGGCCGCGUGGGGUGCUAGGCCGCUCUCUGCUGUCCCCGGGCCCCGCCGCCUCUCCAGCCCUACCCGGGGCGGAACCGCAGGAAGGUCAGGUCCGGCCGCCCCGCCCCGCCCCGUCCCUCUUCGCCGCAGGGCGGUCGCUGUUGUGUGGGUGGCUCACUAUUAACGUUGACUUCAGCCACGACCCAUGGCGGCCUCGCAGGUCCCAGGGGAGAAGAUUAACAUCCAGGCGGGAGAGACGGCCAAGGCCGGGGACAGGGACCUCCUGGGGAACGACUGUCUGGAGCAGGACAGGCCCCCCCAGCGCUCCUGGAGGCAGAAGUGCGCCUCCUACGUGCUGGCUCUGCGGCCCUGGAGCUUCAGUGCCUCCCUCACCCCGGUGGCCCUGGGCAGUGCCCUUGCCUACAGAUCCCAGGGCGUCCUGGAUCCCAGGCUGUUGGUGGGGUGUGCCGUGGCUGUCCUGGCUGUGCACGGGGCUGGCAAUUUGGUCAACACUUACUAUGACUUUUCCAAGGGCAUUGACCACAAAAAGAGUGAUGACAGGACCCUGGUGGACCGAAUCUUGGAGCCCCAGGAUGUUGUCCGGUUUGGCGUCUUCCUCUACACUUUGGGCUGUGUCUGUGCCGCUUGCCUCUACUAUCUGUCCCCUCUGAAACUGGAGCACUUGGCUCUCAUCUACUUUGGAGGCCUGUCUGGCUCCUUUCUCUACACAGGAGGAAUUGGAUUCAAGUACGUGGCUCUGGGAGACCUCAUCAUCCUCAUCACUUUUGGCCCACUAGCAGUGAUGUUCGCCUAUGCCGUCCAGGUGGGGUCCCUGGCAGUCUUCCCAUUGGUCUACGCCAUCCCCCUCGCCCUUAGCACCGAGGCCAUUCUCCAUUCCAACAACACCAGGGACAUGGAGUCCGACCGGGAGGCUGGCAUCGUCACGCUCGCUAUCCUCAUUGGCCCUACCUUCUCCUACAUGCUGUAUAACACACUGCUCUUCCUGCCCUACCUGAUCUUCAGCAUCCUGGCCACGCACUGCAGCAUCAGCCUGGCACUCCCCCUGCUCACCAUUCCCAUGGCCUUCUCCCUCGAGAGACAGUUCCGAAGCCAGACGUUCAACAAACUGCCCCAGAGGACUGCCAAACUCAACCUCCUGCUGGGACUCUUCUAUGUCUUUGGCAUCAUUCUGGCACCAGCAGGCAGUCUGCCCAAACUCUGAGGGGACCGACAGCUCUCCCAAAUGUGUUGCCCUUUCUUAGAGCGUGUUGAAGGCAGAGUCUCUGAGGAGGGAAGGUGAUUUGGCAGAGAGGGACCUAAGGAUGGCUGGGGAACUCCCACCUUUUUUUUAUUAUUUAUGUUCUUAAAGAUAAUGUUUUGUUUUUGUUUUAUUCCAUUUUAUGGGGAAUCUUGAAACCACUCUGGUAUCAGAAGGUCAAUGGGAUGCCUGGCCCAUGUUUUGUUUGUAAUUUCCACUAGAGGGUGUUGUCAGGUCAUUUUAAAGUGGAUUAAAAUGCCCUAAGACUUGGUGAAGGAGCCGCUGGCGUUGGCCCCCUGUCCUGAAAGGGCCAUAGUAACUUGGCGAAGUGUCUUCUGUCAUCUGGGUCUUGCAAGAUACAAUAAUAAUUGGCGCCAGGCCCCAGUGACACGGGGAGCACCUGUCUCUUCCUCUGAGCAUUUGGGUCCUGAAAUACACUGCUUGAGAGCGAAAGUCCCUCAUUAACAGCCUAACGUGGCUCCCAGCUUUUUGCCUAAAUUGUGAUUCUGACGCUUUAGUCCUUCAUCUCUCCUUUCAUUUAUUGCCACAGUUGAAGAAAAGUGUCAGAUAACCCUGCAGCAAGACCAUCGAGCUGGGGACUGGGAAGGAAAAAAAAACCACCCUCAAGGCAGCUGAGAAAUCACUCUGCUUUUGGAUAGAAAUUGGUAGGACGGCUGUUUUCCCUUUUUGGAAUCCACUAGAAUGACAGGAAGGACUCCCAGCCCUUUCAGUAACUGUUAGGAGCCCUGAAAUUGUAGAGGCACUGAUGUCCUUGCAGGCCACUUGAAGCCCACAAGGCAGCUGCUUCCCCUGCCCCCAUUGGCCCUCCUGAUGCUCCACUGCGCCCACCCUCCGUUUCUUUCAGGUUCUCAUUGGUGUAUUUCCCAUCCGUGGAGCCCAGUUGUUUGGGCAGCAGCUUAGCAACUGAGUCAGGGAAGCUGCCACUCUCCACAGAGCCACGGAUGAGCAGACCAGGGACCUCAGCUCCUCCGUGGAUGAGAAGACCCAUAGACAACAGUCCUGAUCCUGGGCAGCCGGAAUGACAGGGCUUGCCAGUGAAGGAACUGUGUCUUCCUCCUUGAAGACGGAAGUGCAAUAAUGACCCUGCUUCUCCCAAAGGCUUCAGUUGCCUUGUGCAAAGAUCGUUUGCACUCUGAAGGGGGAAUUCCAAUGUUCAUCGAAGCUGCUUUUUCAUUUAAUUUCAUUGCCUGUGAAGUAUAGUUUCUGGCCUAGAAUUGCUCAGUUGUAUUUGGUUCAAGACAAAUAGGUUGAGGCCAUGAUUGUUAGACUUUUCUGUUGUGACCGUAGACGUCCUGACAGGUAUUGCAGUCUUGGCCUGCAGAAAAUGGCAUAAGAACUAGUUCUUAAUCCUUAAAAUCAGGCUAAUUGUGAUUUGGCUCCUUGAGUCGGAAUUGGGCAGCUUCCUUGGAAAAAAUAUAUUUGGAAAUUGCAAAAGUUCCUCUAGGUGGUUUGUCUGCAGAGAUCCCGAAUCCUCUACUAGUGGUCAGAGCUCAGUGACGAGGGAAAGGACAGCCUUUCUCUCCUGCCUUUCUUUCCAGCACCAUUUUUGUUUUAUGCCAGGCUUGUGGCAUUUCGGUGCUCACAGGGGUCCUGCCUUCAAAGAUAUGCUCUUCGGGUUCCUCUUCUGAGUAGGCCAUUCUCGCAUGGGGCUCCCCCCAAGGCUGUAGGACCAAGACCUCCCUGCGUCUACACACCAGACCCACCCUUGUAAGCACUCCCAUCGGGGGUGUCAGUUAACCUGCACUGCGUUCUGGUGCAGAUUUUAGUGCAUAUUUUUAUAUAUAAAUAUUUCUGAAAGGCCCAAUUUGGUGCCAGGUUUUAUAUACAGGUCACCAUAAUUUGUAUUACAUCCCCUGACUCAAUGAAGAUUUUCUUUAGACCUAUUAAUAAAAAAAAAAAGAAACUGUU